AACUAUCGAACGAUGGAAUUUAAAGGCCCGGUGGAAGCGUCGAGCGUCGGCUAUAAGAAUAAAGCGCGCAGCAAGGCUCUCCCCGGUCUACGAGCGCUUCAGUCGUGGCAAAUGCACAAGAAUGUUCACAUUCUCGGCAGAAAGUCGAGCUUCUGAGAUAAGCGCUGCUGUUCACCGACUGACUACCACUGUUCGACAACACAGCCGAAUUCCCCGAGUCCCAACUGAGAGGAAGUGGAGUGAGGGAGGAGGAGGCGAGUUGGGUUGGGUUGGGUCGCGUUGUGGGUUGGGUGGAUAGAUUGCUGCUGCUGCUGCUGCUACUGCUGCUACUGUCUUUUGUCGCUACUGUCUGGGUGCUUCGGUGUGAGGAGGGGGGGACGAGGACGGACUAGGAGGGAGGACGACGACGACGACUACGACGUUGUUGAUGUUGCACGGCAGUCUGAUCAAUUCCAGAUCGAUUCCCGGGGGGAGAGAGCUAGAGAGAGCGAGCGAGAGAAGGGUAGGGGGACGGGGAGGCAGGGACAGAUUUCUGUGGAGCGUGCGUGAGGUAGAUUUUUCGAUGGAGUGUGUGCAUGAGUUUUAGGUCUGGAUUUAUUCGUGGAAGUGGUUCUGAAUUCCUCGAUAGGCCCGUCUCUGUGCAGACGAGAACAAAUCCGUUUGUUCAUCAUCAUGAUACCAGGGAGCUAACAGAUACCAGAGAUUUACACCUGGAGGUUGCAUGUCUGUACCCUCUGCUACGUCUUAAUUUCUCCUGACUUGUCCUGAAAGGAACAGAAUUGCCAGCUGAGUUUAGUGGGGGGGAAUUACAGAGGAAGUGAUAGGUGCAGAAGGAGAGGGGGCAAAGAGGGAGGAGGAGGAGGAAUUUGGACACCUCGGAAUUGGGUCGAGCUAUUCUGAAGAGACGAGGGGAAGGAUCAAGAGGAGUAGACGAGAGGAGAGGCGGUAUAGAAUGCACUUUUAGUAAGAAGGAAGGCAAGAGCUGUCAAUUUGUGAAGUUGAGAGGGAGGCAGCAUGGAUAUGCCCACUGAGAUUCAGCAUGAUACGAAUAGGUAUGAGUUGGUGCGGGAUAUUGGGUCGGGUAAUUUUGGAGUGGCCAGACUCAUGAAAGACAAGCUGACCCGAGAGAUGGUGGCUAUAAAAUACAUCGAGCGUGGAGAGAAAAUUGACGAGAAUGUCAAGAGGGAAAUCAUCAACCAUAGGUCUCUUCGUCAUCCCAACAUUGUACGAUUCAAGGAGCUAUUGGUCACUCCGACUCACUUGGCAAUUGUCAUGGAAUAUGCCGCCGGGGGAGAGCUGUUCGAACGUAUUUGCAACAUGGGGCGCUUCAGCGAGGACGAGGCCAGAUUCUUUUUCCAGCAGCUCAUUUCUGGAGUCAGCUACUGCCAUUCGAUGCAAAUAUGUCACCGAGAUCUGAAACUGGAGAACACGCUUCUGGAUGGGAGUCCUGCCCCUCGCCUGAAGAUUUGUGACUUCGGAUAUUCAAAGUCGUCUCUCCUUCAUUCCCAGCCCAAGUCCACGGUGGGCACGCCUGCGUAUAUUGCCCCGGAAGUGCUCGCGAAGAAAGAGUAUGAUGGCAAGCUGGCCGACGUGUGGUCGUGUGGAGUGACACUUUUCGUGAUGCUGGUUGGAGCGUACCCGUUUGAAGACCCUGAAGAUCGGAAGAAUUUCGUCAAAACCAUAAGACGAAUAAUGAAUGUGUCGUACUCUAUUCCAGAAUAUGUACAAAUUUCAAGUGAGUGCAGACAUUUGUUAACGCGAAUUUUCGUCACAAAUCCAGCGGAACGAAUUACGAUGGAAGAGAUUCAGGCGCAUCCGUGGUUUUUAAGAAACCUGCCAGCGGACAUUGAGGAUGGGUCCAACGUCAACAGCUACAUUUUCGAUGACCCCAAUCAUCCCCCGCAAAGCAUCGAAGAGAUACACCAGCUCAUCAACGAAGCCCGAAUUCCUGGACCAGGGCAAAGUACCGAUGCCCUACUCGGUGACUCCGGCGAGGCCGACGAUUGUGACUUGGACGUCGAUGUAGAGAGUGAUGGGGAGUUCGUUUGCUCCAUGUAGCUAUACCUCUCACACGCCACAGUGCUGCCCAUGAAACCGCUUCGCACGAAGUGCCAGGCUCUGGCACGGCAAAGCCAAGCCAUGCACAGAAUUACACGAGAGUUCUGCUCAUCGGAUCAAUCAGUUGCUGCAGUCGCCUUAUUUGUAGUUCUCCGUUUUAUCUCAUUCUUGCUACUUGCUACUUGCUAGAUUUUGCUAGAUUGCGUCGCUAAUCCUCGAUUAGUCGGCGCUGCCUCACAGUGGACUGUGAGGCCUGUAAGUUAGUUCAUUGUACCUACCGAUCUUUUCUGUUUGAUGAUAGGAUAAAACAGACAUCCUUAUGUUUAGCUGCUGGAAGCUGAGUAGCACAAAGUUUCGAAAAUAGGAUCUUGUGGAGUCUAUUACUGCAGGCUCUGUGAGUUCCCAAGUAUGCAAUUCCAGCUGAUGAUGCUCCUAUAUCUAAAUUAGAGGUUCCCGCAGCUCCUUGAAGAGCUCUGGCAGUGGACAAAUUUUGUUGGCUCUGCCAUGCCCUUGAAACAGGUGUGUGUGGGUUGUAGGUAGCUGAUGGAACUUAAGUACAGAGUUAGUCCGCCCCCUUAUGGGCUUAGGUUGAUGCAGCAUCUUGUGUACAGGAAACACAUUAAGGAACGUAUAACUGCCACCAGUCUCAUUUGAGGUCUCCCCUCUGGCCAAGGUAUAGAUUGUAAACUCGUUCGAAGAGCACGAUGCUUACUUAAUACAGUAGUAGUACUUUCUG